AAAGGCGACGGGGAGGUGGAAGGAUAGAGGUACCGAAGACCUCUCUCGCGGGGGUCGGGCCAGCCUCGAUCGCUCAAUAUUCAACCCUUCGCCGGACGAGAGCGCCCGACAGCAGCGGCUCCUCCAGACGGGGGCACGAAUCGACCGUUCCUUCCUUUGCGCCCUCGCCCGCGGAGCUGUUCGAUCGGCGGCCGACGUUCCGCCGGAGGAAGGAAGCUCCUCAGCCCUCGGGGAAGGAUCAGCACGCGCGGCACGGUGCGGCACAGCGCGUUUUCUUCACUCACUUCGCGCCUUCUUCCGUUCUUCUGUCGUCGCCCCCGGAGUUCCACCCUUUUUCUUCUUCGCGCGCACGGUUCUUCUCGUCCCCGUCGUCGUCGUCGCCGUCAUCGUCGUCGAGAGUCAUCGUCGAGAGUCGUCGAGAGUCGUCGUUAGAACGAGAUGGAGGGCAAGAAAGUCGAGCAGUAUUAUAUGCCGCCGCCGAAGCUCGGGAAAUGGGAGGGCUUCCGCGUCUUCGUCUGGAACUCCGAGACGGGACAGUUCCUGGGGCGCACCGGCGCCAGUUGGGCUAAAAUUUUGCUGUUCUACGUAAUUUUCUAUGCCGUCCUGUCCGGCUUCUUCGGUGCGAUGCUCGCUGUGUUCUAUCAGACGUUGGAUCCGAACGCGCCGAAGUGGCAGCUGGAUAAUUCGCUGAUCGGCAGCAAUCCGGGUCUCGGUUUUAGGCCUAUGCCUCCCGAACGCAACGUCGAAAGUACUUUGAUUUGGUACAAGGCUAGCGACGAGGGUAAUUAUCUACACUGGACCAGGGAGUUGGACAGAUUCUUGGAAGAAUAUCAAAGGCCGCCGGGUGGUACGAACAGCUACGAGAGAGUGAUAUGUGAUUACGGUAAGCCAGCACCACCAGGCAAAGUCUGCGAUGUAAACAUGGCCACUUGGGGACAAUGCACAAAAGAUAACAAAUACGGCUUCAGCAGAUCCGCGCCUUGUAUCUUCUUAAAACUGAAUAAGAUUUUUGGAUGGGAACCGAAAUUUUAUAAUGAUACCAAAAAUUUGCCGGCCAACAUGCCAGCGGAUCUCAAGGAGCAUAUCAUGCAAGAAGAAAGACACAAUAGACUGGACACUGUCUGGGUGUCUUGCGCUGGUGAAAACCCUGCCGAUGUGGAGAACAUGGGUGCGAUUCAGUACAUACCACGUCGUGGUUUUCCUGGCUUCUAUUUCCCAUUCAAGAACACUCAAGGAUAUUUGAGCCCUCUUGUAGCUGUGUUCUUCGAAAAGCCCAAGUACGGCGUGCUCAUCAAUAUCGAGUGCAAGGCAUGGGCGCACAACAUCUUUCAUGAUAGAUUUGAAAGACGUGGCUCGGUGCACUUCGAACUAAUGGUAGACUAAGCCCGGCCAUUUCGAUCAUUCGCCAGAUCAUAAUCGCUACUAACCGCGUCCAAGUAGGAAGCCGCAAGAGAAUAGAACAGAAAGAAGACAUUUCUUUUUUUAACCUGCCUCGUUGGCCGACCGCGAUCACACCCUGUACCAUCCGGUUUUCUCUCUGCCCGACGAUACCGCUCCGGAUUAGCCUUACUUCUUCUCACUGUCAUCAUUUCAUCAGCUCAUCGUCUUCGUCGUACUUACAACGAUUGUAACAGCGUUAUCCAUCGAUCAUGUCAAUCGCCAAGAGGAAGAAACAGAAAGAAGGAAGACGGGGAAAGGAGAGAGAAAGGGGAUGGAGAGAAAGGGAGAUAGAGAGAAAGAGAAGAGAGAAAAUGAACAAAAGGGCAAAACAAACGAGAAAAUGAGCUCAACGGAGCAAUCAACUACAAUCGAGAUGCACAAAACUAAAUGGGAAUGAAGAAAGGUGAAAUGAACAAUCCCGCACAAAAGCCGGGCGGUAUCUUCUCUUAUUUCUGCCAGGGUUGUGUUACGGGGAGUGAUCUCGACCAUCGACGGCUAGUCGAUCGUUCGCAAAACUUAAUUCGCGCGCGCGCGCGCGCGAGAGAGAGAAAGAGAGAGAGAAAGAGAAAGAGAGAGAAAGAGAGAGAGAGAGAGAUUCUCCUUUAGUUAAGAGCCCACCGACCGUUUCAGUUAGAUUCUCUUGAGCUUUUCGUCGCGUUUCUUUUCACAGAGACGAGCUCUGGCCGAUAAGUUGUCAUGGUAUCGCGGAUGAUCGAUAAUCUUAGUUCAGCCAUGUAGAUAUAUAUUACAUUAGUGUAUUUUUGCCCAUCGCGCGUUAUAUCUUGGCAUGUCGGUACGUUGAAAUUUUUGGGCAUUGGUAAGAGAAGUGGUACUCGGUGAAUUUUAAUAAAAGACAGCAGGCACAAAGGGAUACAAGUACGCGUUAAGCUCAGUUGGACUAAUCGCUAUCAAAUAACAAUGGUAAACGUUGCUUGUAACGUUAUUGGAAACUUUGAGUGAUGUUAAUAGUGUUAAAAAAAAAAAAAUUAACCGCAAGCAACGCAAAACUGUCAUCUAUCGAAAUGUUGAGUAAAGUUAAACGUUAUGUACGGGAUUGCUAAGUCCAAAAUUUUUCCAAAACUCUUGGUAUUUAUGAGAUGUAGUGAAAAUCUUUAUAAAAAUAAAACAAAAAUUUGUUAAAGAUUUUUGUUUUUGAAAUAUCUCAUCUUCACGUAUUAACAUUUAAAUCAUCAGGUUUUCGAUUUUGGUAAACAACGCGUUAGUAAAAUCGUCUCGAUGUGUUACGUUUGCAAUGUGACGCAUGUCACAUAACAACACAGCUCGCAAUUCUAUUUAUAUGGCUACAAAAACUAUCGAAUGCUAUUCGUAUUGAUAUUGUUAUUCGUAUAGUUAUGUUUGUCUUGUAUAUUGAUAAUUGUUACUUGUAUUCCUUUGUUCUGGAUAUUUUCAAUUGAGAGUUAAAAUUAAGUGUUAUUAUAUUGAAAUCUGCUAUGGAGCAUGGCGAAAGAAUAUAAGCAAAGAUACGGAUAUUAAAGAGGCAAUCGAUAGUCAUUGCCACCCAAUAAUAUGUUGAAUGUGUAUGAUGAUCUAUGAUUCUAUAUAAUGCAUUUUUCAUGCGGUAAAAAUACUAGAAUCUAUGGAUUCUUGCAUGCAGAGACACUCGGAUUCGCAGAUUGUUGAAUCUACUGAUUUUUGAGCUCAUAAAUGCUCGGAUUUACGGAUUUGGAUUCCCAAGUUUUUUUGAAGUCUUGGAUCAUCAAAAGAACUUAUUUUAAUUUACGAGUGGUAUGUGGUAAAAACAAAGAGAAUUAGAUGUGACAGUGAUUUUAAUUAAUAAACUCUGCACUUAAGAAUUUACUCACAUGUUUGACAUGUCGAUGUUAAACGUUGCAGUUGUUAAUUGUGUGUUAUUAAUUUAUUGAACCUACGAGUCCAACAAUCUCGAAAGAGAUUUUGAUAGAAAAAAAAUUGCAAACAAAGAUCUACGGGAUAUGAAAUUUUGAAUUAGAGAAAAUUGUCUCAAUCUUUAGAAAACAUUUUAAUUCUAUAUUGACUGCAAAUUUGUGAAUCUAUUGAAUUCAAUUACGAAUUAUAAAAUUUAGAUGCGAUUAUAAACAUGUGCGUUUAAAACGGAUAUUGCGGCGUGAAAGUUCCAAGACUUUGUAGAUCCGAGUUUGUGUGCGUGCGUGAUAUAAAGAUAUAUGAAAAUAAAAAUAAAACGGUAAGAUGCAUGAAAUAUAGAAAUGCAGAUCAUGAUAUAUAAACUUAAAGAAUUUAUGAAUUCAAAGAUUUAUGUGAUAUCAACGAUCUGUACAUCUAAGACUCUAUGGGCCCAAGAAUCUUCUUAUCUGAGGAUAUAUGAGGGCAAAAAUCUAUAUACUCAGGAAUCUAUAAAUCAACAGCAAGAAUCAACAAGAAUCUACAGAUUUAAAGAUCUGUGCGUGGACCUAAGAAUUCAAAUUAAAAAAAAAAAAAAUUUACGAAUACGAAAAUUUGCAAAUACAAUAAUCUGUAAGUCCAAGGAUCUAUUGAUUUUGCGAAUUAAUAUUUAAUUUGCGAUUUGAGAAAUAUUUUAGUUGUUAAGCAUGUAGAAGAGGCAUUGCAACACUAUCAGGUCGGCACUGACAAGAUACAUUGUAAUAAUACAAAAGGAACUCUCAUGCGCGUUUAGGUACUUACUGAAUAAGAUUUCGCGAAAACUGCUAAUAAAAUUACUGGAAGGGAAUUUAAAAGUCUAUACUUAAAGAACAAUUUUCAAAGAGCACUCGCGAUCAGUAAUUACUACAUUUUUAAUAGUGAUAGUACGAAAAAUGUACAUUGAUCGUAUACUAAUAAUAUAAAUAUGUUAUAUUAAUAAUAUAUAAUAUAUCGAUAGCUAAAGCAUUAAAAUUGUUGAUGCAUUAAUAGUAAUACUGAUCGUGGUAGCCCUCCAUAGGUACUUAAUUCCAAUAAUGAUUGAUUUCUGGAUGUACUUAAGUCAAAGGCAUCAUUGAUCUUAAACCGAACUGUCGAUAUAUCACAAAUAGGCGUUUAGUCGCGAUCAACGUAAAGCGUUACAUUGCACGCAAAGAUUUUUAUUGAUUUUGUCAAAACUAUGCGGCGCGACAUUUCGACAGUGGAAUGCGUAUUAUUUAUAUACAUAUAUAUAUAUAUAUUGUAUCAUAUAAUAUUUAAUAUUAGUUCACGUAAACCUGUAUCCUACACAAGUUGUUAAGUUCUGUGGUUGAAGAGAGGAGAAAUUGGCCGAACUGUUCUUUUUUCUGCAUUGAUGCAAACAUUACGUUUGAACAAAAGAAAAUACAUUUUGAAGGAAAAUACAUUCUAAAUGAUGGUAAUUUCGUAUUGAGAAACGAACGUCGGAUCAUCGAUACGAGUAUCUCCUAAUGGGACUUCAACCUGAGGAAAACGAUGUAUCAAAUUUUAUGUACAAGUAUUUUAUGUAGUUUUCAUUAGGUUAAUUAUACUGUGCGAAUAAUAUGUAUUGCAGUAGAUAAGUAUCGGUUAUACAAAAAAAAAAUAUAUAUAGAUCUUAAAAUCCGUAAAUCUGUUAAUCCAUAGAUUCACCGAUCACAUUUAGCAUCAUAUAGACCCUCGCUUUUACGAAAUGUGUAUAGCAUCGUAGAUUGAAAGAUAAAUAGAUCCAUGGAUCUACAGAUUCACAGAUCCAUCGAUCCACACACGUGCACAGUUCAUCUACAUAUAUUUUAGAGAUUCACAAUCAUUUCUUCAUAAUUCCUUGAACCUAUUGUUAUUCAUAAGUUCUUGAUUAAUAUAUCUUAUUCACGAUAGUCGUUAAGCGCCUGUUUGUUAAAUCAGGAUUAAAUCAACCAUGUAUCUUGAGAUAUAAAUUUCCUAACAUUAUUCAAAUAAUGCAAGCAUCUAAAAAGGUGUCUGUAAGACGUCCUUUUGUAGACAUCUUUAAGAUUUUUUUUCCCCAAAAAAAAAAACGUUUAAAAUAUGUCGAUAAAAUAUCCUGUGCGACUUUCUGAAAAAUACGUCUCGUUUAUAACGUCUUAAAGUUGUCUAUUACACGACAUUUUUCGAACUACACAAGAAGGAUGUUACUACAGUGAUUAUAGUAAUUAUUGUAACACAAUCUAUUAAUUCCUAUGCGUAUCGCGUGCCUAAAGUUUGGUGAAACUAAAGCUUUAGAAGAAAUUGUAAUUAGAUCGCGGGUUAACUCGAUCGCGGCAAGCUCGAGCUUUCGACAAAAGCCGCUGUGCCAGAUGACACUUUUUUUUCUCCCCUGCGCGCUAUCAAUAUUUUCCGUUUACGAGCAUAUACUUAUGCCUGCGGCUAUCCAUCGACGUCUGAACAAACACAUCCGUGGUCUAAUUAUAAUCUAUAAUCGGUUGGCAGUAAUAUAGGGAAAUAAUAAAUAAAAUGGAGACGCCUA